CGUGAGCUACUUUCGGUUAACGUUUAUAGUUCAUUGAGCUGGCGGAAAUCUGUUGCUGGUGUUGAAGCUGCGUCGACAUGCUGCUUCUUCUGACAGCUGUUCUAUUGGCGAGUGUUUCAGAAGGUGAAGCGGGAACACAACGCCGUGGGGAGUUCAGCUUUGCUUCCUACUACAAUGACCAUAUGGUACUGCAGGCCAGCCCCUUCCAGGCUACAGUGUGGGGUUACUCCAGUCAGAUGGGGGACGCCGUGAAGGUGGAGGUGGACGGUCAGCAGCCCGUGUCCACCACUGUCAGAUCUGUUGGGGGCGAAGGGAUGUGGUUUGUAAAGUUGCCUGUUAUACCUGCUGGAUCCACCCCUUACACUGUCACCGCCACAUCUUCACUUGGUACCAUACAGCUGACAGAUGUGCUGUUUGGUGAUGUCUGGAUCUGUUCUGGACAGAGCAACAUGCAGUUCACACUCGAUAUGGCAAACAAUGCAUCAGCAGAGCUACAAGAUUCUCUGAACUACCCAAACAUACGGGUUUUCACUGUUCAACUAAAUCAAUCUUCUACUCCCUUGUACGACCUUAUCGACGUAGAGGAACCUUGGUCGGUCCCUCAUCCAGAUACAGUUGGUCACAGUCCAUGGUCGCAUUUCUCUGCUGUAUGUUGGCUGUAUGGCAAGUACUUGUACAACACUCUCAAGAAACCUAUAGGAUUGGUGGCGUCAUCUUGGGGAGGGACCCCUAUAGAGACCUGGUCCACACAAGACUCACUCUCGAAAUGCAGAAACGAGUCAACGCAGCAUGUAUAUGACAGGUUGGACGUGCCCCCUCCUAGAAGAGAUUCGGUUCUCUGGAACGCCAUGAUACAUCCUCUUGUUAACAUGACAAUCUACGGCGCCAUUUGGUAUCAAGGAGAAGCAAAUGCCGACAAACCUGGUUUGUAUAACUGCACCUUCCCUGCUAUGAUCGACGACUGGAGGGUCAAGUUCAACCAGGCUUCAGAUGGAGCAACGUCAAACAAGUUUCCUUUUGGCUUUGUACAGCUUGCCGCAGACAGGAAUGGCUCAGUUCAGACCGGUUUUCCCGGAGUCCGCUGGUCGCAGACAGCGGGAUUCGGCUACGUCCCUAACGAGAGGAUGAAGAACGUCUUCAUGGCUGUUGCUAUGGACCUGCCAGACUUCUCAUCGCCAUAUGGAAGUGUUCAUCCCAGAGACAAGCAGGACGUGUGUCAGCGCCUGGUACGAUCAGGCUUAUCCGUGGCUUACAACAAGCCCGGCAUGCAGUACCAGGGGCCGAUACCCGACAUGUUCUCCUACAACACACAGAUGAAGUACAUCACUGUAGACUAUGGGUUUUCCGGACACACAAUUGAUGUUCGUUCUUCAGACGGCUUCGAGAUUUGUUGUACUAAUACGACGACAUCGCGCAACGCGUGCCUUGACCCGGACCACCCUUGGAUCCCCAGUCCCAUAAAGAGUAGAACCACCACGAGUGUGACGGUGACAUGGACGAAACAGUGCCAAACGCUGCAGGCCAUCCGAUACGCCUGGCAGGAAUCGCCAUGUCCCUUUAAGCAAUGUGCUGUGUACUGGGAACAGUCCAAGUUACCAGCGCCACCCAUCCUCCGAUACUUGUGAAGAUAGUCUAUCAUUAGCAGUAAUACAGAUGUUAUAACACUU